CCUGCAGGGUGUAAGGAACAGAGAAGGCAGAUGACGGUGGAUUGAAUUUAAAUUCAUUUCCCCAAUGGCUACUUAAAGGCCAGCAUGUUUGUAUUCUAAGACGUUAUUCUGUUGCUUCAGCAUCCCAAAGCUUUUAAGGAAAUCGAACCAUUUUAACAGAAGGGGGUGGGAGUUGGGGGAGAAACCCGGAGAUGCAGGAAUUGGUACAUUUCUUCUCUCCAUAUUUGUCCGGAGGGAUGACAGGUGGCCACUCACGGUCCAGAUGCCGCUCCCCGGGGUGGAGGAAAGGGCCCUGCCCCGAGCGACCAGGCGGAAGCACCUUUGUCAUUGGUCCAGCAGCCACUUUCACCUGCGUGGAGCCCCGGGGGCCGCGAGUGCAGAGCCUGUAGCGCCCAGCCUCCCAGGCGGCGGUCCUCAGCGUGAGUGGUCCCCUCGCCCUCGGCCAGACAAGAUGCCCCUGGGGCUGCGGGUAAAGAAGAAAGGCAAGUCCAAGGAGACCUACCGGCUGGUGGAGGGUGAGCAGGCGGGCGCGUAUGGCGGCAGUCCCCCAGUGCCCCCAGACCCCCGACCCAGGCUGGUUUUCCACACGCAGCUAGCGCACGGCAGCGCCACAGGCCGAGUGGAGAAUUUCUCCAGCAUUCAGGAGCUCUACACCAAGAUCGCAGGCGUGUUUGAGAUCUCACCUUCCGAGAUCUUAUAUUGCACUUUAAACACACCGAAAGUUGACAUGGAAAAACUCUUAGGAUCACAAAUAGGUCUUGAAGAUUUUAUAUUUGCCCAUGUAAAAGGGAUCACAAAAGAAGUGAGUGUGUAUAAAUCUGAGGAUGCACUUGGUCUCACCAUUACAGAUAAUGGUGCUGGCUAUUCAUUUAUUAAGAGAAUUAAAGAUGGCAGCAUAAUUGACUCAGCUAAAACUAUCUGUGUGGGAGAUCACAUUGAAUGUAUCAAUGGAGAAAAUAUUGCUGGCUGGCGUCAUUUUGAGGUUGCUAAGAAGUUAAAGGAAUUAAAAAAAGAGGAAUUCUUUACCUUGAAGUUAAUAGAACCUAAGAAGGCAUUUGAAAUAGAGCCAAGGUCAAAAACUGGAAACUCUUCAGCAGGAAGACUUGGUACCGGAAGGGAGACACUUCGCCUGAGACCAAAAGGUCCUGCCACCGUGGAGGAAAUGCCCUCCGAAACCAAAGCCAAGGCAAUUGAAAAGGUUGAUGAUCUUCUUGAAACGUACAUGGGAAUUCGAGAUACUGAUUUAGCUUCCACGAUAUUUGAAGCUGGAAAGGACAAAAACAACCCAGAUGAAUUUGCUGUGGCAAUUGACAAAACUCUUGGAGACUUUGCAUUCCCGGAUGAAUUUGUCUUCGAUGCCUGGGGAGCCAUUGGUGAUGCCAGACGAGGAUGAUCGUGAUGUGGAUGGUCCACCACUGGGGAAAUGAACUGUUGUUCCUUUUUUUAAAGAAACCCUGUAAAACCUGCUUUUAGUCACUGUUAUGGACUCUGGUUUGGUUUUAUGUGUAUGGAAUACAUUCUUUGAAAUGAUAGUUUUGAUUUCUGGGUACUUUUUAAUGCAGUUGAAUGUGCAGUAUGCUUAAGAUAAAUUACCUAAAACUUGAUCAAUUUUAAUAUUCAGUCAAGUUUAUUUUUAAAGUAAGUUUUAGGGAGUAUUUCUAGGUAGAGGAUAUUGAUCCCCAUUAAUACUCAUGUUUUGUUUUCCACAUGUAAAGUUGAUUGCAGUAGCUUUGUAGUUCUUUUGCAAAAUCUUAAGAUAGUGAAAAUUAGGACUGGAGUAUAAUUUGCUUCAUAGCAUUUUCAUUUUGUUAUACUGGCUGGAACAGAAUAUGUUCAGGAAAUGAAAUGUGGAUUAUACCUACUAUAGGUCUGGAAGAAUUGUUUUAAUUUUUAAUCCACUGAGUAAGGGAAGAAACUAUAGCCUGUUGAUGUCUACGGUCUACUUUCACUGUGUAAAACAAGAACUGAUUGACUUUUAUUUUUUGACUUCUUUGAAAACUGCUUCUUAAAACCUGUCAUUGAAAUCCAUUGUGGUGUGUAACUGUGUGUGGGUGUAGGAGAAGGGUGACAAAGUCAGAUAGGGUAGAACUCACUUAUACUUGAUGUUUGUAAAAGAGUUCUUCAAAUGUUAUUUCUUUUUUCAUCUGUACAUACUUUUUGAAAGUUACUCAUUAUAAGCACUCCAGGGAAAAGCAGAACUUUUCUUUUGAAGGAGAUUUACUCAGAAAAUAAGUAUGUUUGAGAGCACUUUUUGGGUAAAAGAGCAACACGUUUAAGCCCCCUAAACUUUAGAGCAGAUACCUCCAGAAAUGGCUUUCCCUCACGUGGAAGUAAAGGAGGAAGGGGGUAUUGAGAACACAUAUUAGCCUAUUAUCUUCGAGUUCUAGCAGAUGCUCUCUAAAACCUUACAUUAUUGAGAAAAUUGAGGGCAAAUGAUUCUCUUAUCACUUUUAUUUGACAUUUUACAGAAGUAAGACAAAUGGAAACGAGUGGUUUCAACAAAGGUCAUGUAAUAAGGCAGAGCCUGGCGUGACCAGGCAUUUUUCCGAAGUGCUAGAGGGAGAAUGCUGUGUGCUGCCACGGGAUCAGAAGUCACCUGCGAGGGGUGUGUUCUAGGGAAUCAGAAGUUGUUUGCUUAUGCUGGACUGAUGUUUCCAUGACUCUUGUUUUCUGCUGCAACUUAACUUUUGCUGUCAUCCACUUCUCUUUCACAUAAGUUCAAUGCUGUGUAGCCGACACUUGGCUUCAUUGAUCCAAAACCUUCACAGAAGCUGUUUUAGUCACUUAACGUGUAACAAAAAGUAAUGAUAGAACAUGGGUUGUCUUCUUGCUCUUGCCCAUCCUUUGAAAACAGGAUCUAGCUCAGGCUGUAGUCUGUUACUACUUGUUUUAUGUUUUGUUUUUUUUUAUGGAGGUCCCCAAAUGCCUAUUAAUCUUAAUAUCGCCUGCCUUGGAAGGCUACAUCCUAAAAAGAAUUAAUAUUUUUAGGGACAAGAAAGUUACUGGAUGACUUAGGAGGCCCAUAGAGACAUUUUAGUUUGGACAACAAAAUAAAUUUCUUGGCACGAGAAGUCCAGUUUGAAAUGGUGAAGCAUUAUUUAUUAUUGACAGAUCUCAGUUUCUUCUUCCUUUGUGGGCAUGCCUGAAGAUUGACGCUUGGUGCUGAUGCUUUGUGAUUUAGGGAAUCCCUAACUCACAGAGUGAGUGUGCUCAUCAUGGUCUCUCUGUGACUGGUGUGUAAGGAACUGAUGCCCGUGUACAGCGGUAACUGUAAUUAUCAGCAUUAAAUGGGCAGUUAUCAAUAUUAAGGGCUUCAGCUGAGCACGUGCUUUAAUACUAACAGAUUUUUCCCUUCAAAUGUGUUUAUCUCUUACCUCUAUUGCUAAACUGAUAGCAAGGUCAGUUUCUUUACCUUGUCUCAUUCCCUUACCUGAAAAUAUGUCUACUUGUGAACUUUGUGACUUUUGGUGACUCAGUGCACAAAAGGAGCACACUUUUUGUUGUCACAGUCUGAUAGUGUGGGCUAUCUGCUGUGACAAUGAGGCGAUUUACAUAUUUUUUAAAGCUUGCCAUUUCAUGGAUAUCACUAAACAUUUUCAGAAGGCCUCUGCCAUUUUCUCUUGUUCUGUAGUCCUUGCCCCCUACCCUACCUCUACCCUGGCCUAGUGGAGAAUGAUUAUUUUAUUCUUGGUUUCCUUCCAUGCAAAACAGCAUCUUUCAGUGGACACAGAGAACACUCUAUGUUUUCUUCAUGGCAGAGCAUGUAGAUGAUGAUUAGCAUUAGGUUCAAUGGGGCUUUGAUUAUAGCUUGGUCCUCAUAAAAUGUACAAAUGAUAGUUACAAAUAGGUGCAUUUGGGUUUUUGUGAUGUUUCAAAAAAUAUAUAGCUAUAUAUGUUGUGCAACUCUU